AGCGGACUUCAGCAGUACCAGAGAGAGGGAAAUUACGGUCAGUGUCUCUCUGACAUUGGAGACGGCAGCACCAUCUGAGCACAGGAAAAAAAAAGGAAUGAAAAUACUUUCUCAUUUAUCUUCUUUCCUGUUAACAAAAGUAAAGCAGGUGAAGCGCAUUUCCAGAGAGCAGCUGCGUAUUUGAGAAGGGACUCACAGGAUCUCCUGCAGGCUUUACAGGAGAGCCGUCCCGGUGGCUCUGACCAUGACUCCGCUCCUGUCUCGGACGCUGCGCCUCGCGGUUCUGAUCGACGCGCUCGCUGGCGUGCGUUCUGCCCCGGAGGGCCAGCUGCCCGACAUCACCGACCGGGCCUUCAUCGACGCGUGCGUCCUGGCGCACAACGGCCAUCGCUCCAACGUGACCCCCACCGCGAGCGACAUGCGGUACAUGACGUGGGACGGGGCGCUGGCGAAAAGCGCGCGCGCCUGGGCCCGGAGCUGCAGGUUCUCCCACAACCCCCUCCUGACGACCCCGCGGAAGCUCCAUCCCCAGUUCCACCCCGUGGGGGAGAACCUCUGGGUGGGAGAGUCCGUCUCCGGCUUCCAAGCAGAAAAGGCCAUACAGAAGUGGCACGAGGAAGUGACCGACUUCACCUACAGCACGCUGGCCUGCAGGCCCAAUAAGAUGUGCGGCCAUUACAAACAGGUGGUUUGGGCCCAGAGCUACAAGGUUGGCUGUGCGGUUCAGUUCUGCCCAAACGGAGUCGAGGAAUAUUCUAAAAAAAAAUCCACCAUCUUUGUCUGCAACUACGGAGAAGCAGGGAAUUUUAGGGGUUUCCCUCCCUACAGCGAAGGAGCGUCCUGCAGCGCGUGUGACGGAGGGACAUGCGAGCGACACCUGUGCCGUGAUUCAAAAAGAGAUGAAGAGAAAAGUUACAGCAGCUGGAGCCCAGACUGGGACCCUGGCGCUGCGUCCUCCGCGUCCUGCAGCGCUGCCUGCCUGGCGGGGCUGGUGCCCAGGCCCCUGUCCCUCCUGCUGAUGUGUGCUGGGGUGUACGGGCUCCAGGUCCUCCGCCAAAUCCUGUUUGCGCACGAGUGACCCCCGCUCUGCUGUCUGGGGGCGGAGCUCUGUACGGGGAGCAGGGGAGUGAGCGGGAUGGGGGGUCCACUGUGUUUUUCUGCCUUAAAAAAAAAAAAGUAACAUAUUCAACAAAGUACUCAAAAAUGUGUGAUUUGGAAGGCACUGAAUUCAACAGCACGCAUCCCAUGUUUGGUCUUGUUACCAUAGUUACGGUGGCUGGCAUUUUCUUUGGCUGUGCGCCAUGUUGUCCAGCCCUGAUUCGGAGGAUGUCAGAACAGAAUAAACUAAACAUAUCCCACAAAUCCCAUAACCUGUAGUUCAGAACCUAGCCGUUACUUAUCCUUCAGAGAGGAAAAUCUUUAUUAAAAUUAUUAUUCUUGGAUAAAUAUUAAUCUUGGAUAUCUUUCUCCCCAACCUGGUGUCACACACAGCAAAGAUAAGGCAAAAAUGAUUUUGUUUAUAAAGCAUCUAUAACAUUCAAACACAUAAGACAACAGACCUACUAUGAACUGCAGGAAUAAUUAAGAACAAGUAGUAAAGACAGAAAUUAUUAAUAUUAAAAUAUUAAUAAACAUAAAACAGCUUUGGGGCAGUCUUUUUUAUGAGCAAAUCAUGGUAAGCAGUUUUUAAAAAAAUCCAAAAAACAACCUGGAGCACAGACAAGAAUUAAUUAUUAGUGACAUGUGACAUCCUCCCGUGGACCGUUAUGAAUUCAAAGCUUUCCAAAUCUUACCUGGAUAACUUUCAUAUCUAUGCACAUUAAAGACUGUCAUUUACACUCAGCUUGGUGUUUCUCUCCCCUCAUGCAAUGCUGUAACUUUAUAAAUUUUAUAUGAGCGUUUACUGUCACCCUGAAUUCAAUAAUCUGUAUCUUUCAAUAUUAUACUAUGUGCAGGAAAUAAUUGUGCAUAUUUGUUACACAGAAACCUGCUAUAGCAAUUCGGAUUCAAGCACAAGUUAGACAGCAGUGCAGAAAAUGUCAUUUAAAAUAUGUACAUUAAAUAUUAAUAACUGCUGAUUCAGCUCAA